UUGGUAUUUGAACUCCUCCCAGCUGCAGCUCCUAUAAAACACCAGUGUAAGAAACACCUCUCUGGGUGGUCACCAGCUCUGUGCACAGCACCCGAAGCCACCAACAUGGCUCCUUUUCAGAGAUCUAUAGAGAUGAUGCCCUUCAAGCAGAGGAAAUGCCUCGCAACAAGAAGAGAUGAAGUAUGCAGCAUCCGUGCUAAAUUCCCAAACAAGUUGCCUGUGAUUGUAGAACGUUAUGUUUGUGAGAAGACUCUUCCCCUUUUGGACAAGACAAAGUUCCUGGUUCCUUAUGAGUUGACCCUGGGUCAGUUCCACUGCUUGCUAAGGAAUAAGAUUGCUCUGGACUCGAGCCAGGCUUUGUUUCUCCUGGUGGCAGAGAGGAGCAUAGCCUGCAUGUCCUCCAAUAUGGGGGAGGUUUACGCCCUCCACAGGGACGCUGACGGCUUUCUCUACAUCACCUAUGCCUCACAAGAGACGUUCGGCGCAGAUCAGACUGCAGCCAUGCUGCCCUGCCAAACCCAAGAUGACAGCAACUAA